UUCCCUUCCGGGGCGGCGGGCGCUGCACGAGGCCGCGGCAGAAUGAUAAUAAAGAAAAAGAGAAAAGAAUUUCAUGAGGAACCUAUACAGAAGAAGAAAAAUGUGAAGACUGUCAUUAAAAUUGAGGAAGAUGUUCCAGCUGUCAUUAAAAUUGAGGAUGAUGGCAGCCUUGAGACAAAAACAAAGACAAGGAAAAAGGUACAUUUAAAAGAUGAAUGUUUAGACCAAUUACAACCAAAGAACAAGAAGAAGAAAAACAAAAAAAAGAAAGCUGGCUCCGAAUUACUCAAAGAAGCACAUUCAGAAAGCUCUAUGAUUGUAAAAGGCCACCUGGAUUCAGAACUUCAAGAGGAACCAGAGGAACAAAUUAAAAUUCUCAAAAAGAAGAAAAAAAAAGUCCCGUGUCAUUCAUCCUUAGAGGAGGAUGAUGAGAGUAGUGGCAUGAAGCUUUCAAAUCGUCCUAUAGAUGGUAUUAAGAAAACUGAAUAUUCUUUAAAAAAACCCAAAAAGGAUGCUGCUUUGAAUUUGGAACUGAAUGGUGAGGUAACAAAGAAAAAAAAGAAGAAAGGCAGUUCUUCUUUUUCAUUAGAGGACGUCCAGGACAGUGAACAGAAGCAGUCUGAAAGAGUUUGUAAAAAGCCCCACAAAUACAUUUCACAAAAAGUAGCAUUUACAGGUGAAAACCAUGACACACAUAAUGUCCAGAAUGAUGGGGAGAAUUGUGUGAGAAAAAAGAAGAGGAAGAAGAAGGAUAAGUCUGACUCCUUUUUACCACUGGCAGAUAAUCAGGACAACAUAUCUGGAGUUCCUGGUAGGCCCAUUGCAUUAAGUGACUUCAGAAAAAGGAAGAAGCAGAAUUCCUGGGAAAUUGCACUGACAAAUAGAGAGGAAGAGGACACAACUGAGGACUUUGGGAGUAUCAAAGGGACUAAGAAGAACAAGAACAGAAGCAAAUGUGUUUCUUCCUCAACAUGUGAAGAUCGGCGAGACUGCAGUCACAGCAUUCCUGAUAAGUAUCUCCUGACACAGCAAGAAGUUGGCUCUGAGGAAGAAGAGCUGCCUGGAAAAAAGAACAGGAAGAAUUUCAAGGGUAGUAAUGAAGUCACCAAGAAGAAAAAGAACAAAAAGAUUCCCAAAGAGGAGGAGGAAACAACAUAUUCAAAAGUUGCUUUAAAUAAUGAUAGUGCCUCUAAAAAACAAAAAAUAGGACUACUAAAAAGCAAUAAAAAGAAGAAAGAGAGUGAAAUGGAGCAAGCUGAGCAUGUAGCUGGGAAUGCUGUAGAUGGGGCAUUAAGCAAUAGUAAUCACAUGCUCUGUGACAAAAGGAAAAAAAGAAAAAAAGUCCUGCCACAGGAAUUGACUGAACAACCAGGUUCAAAAGCAAAUACAAAAAAGACAAAGAUCUUGACAAAAGACACAGGGAAUGAGUCACUGGAACAUCUAGAUGGUGUAAUUAUUGUGCAGGAAAAAAAAGGAAACUGUGAUGAAGUUAACAUAGACAAGGUGAGGCGGCAGGCUCUGCAAGAAGAAAUCGAUAGAGAAUCUGGCAAAACAAAAGCAUUCAGUUCCAAAGCAGGACAGGAUACAAGGUUUGGACAGUGGAGUACAGCUGCUUUUAAAAGUUCUGAGGAAGAAAUGAAGUUUUUUAGACUGAUGGGUGGCUUUAAAAAGGGCCCUGUGCCUAUCCAGAAUCUCUCAGGAACUACAAACAAACCAAACAUGGCUCUGAACAGGGAAGGGCAGGAGAAGUUACAGCAGGCUCUGAAGAUGGAGUUUGAUAAAGCAAUGGACUUGAAGCAACACAGAGGAAUUGGUCUUGGAUUUCAACCUACUGCCAACAAAAAAGGAUACAUAGACAAAUAUACAUCUAGAUCUAUAAAAUUUGAAGAUUAAAACUCUGAAGUAAUAAAAAGAAUGAAAAUUCAGCUGGCAAUUUUUUUUUUUUUUACUUUUCAGAUCUUUUUACUUAAUAAAAUGAUUAAGAAAUUUGA